GGCUCGAGGUGGGAAGCAGGGGCGUGGGGCGCCCUGCCGGCCGCCUUGUGACCGCCGAGAUGCGGGAACAGCCCGUGUUUGCCUGGCUCUAACUGUCAAGGCUGUGUGGCUGUGGACCGCAAAAGCCAGGACGUGAUGGAAACAGGCCCUGGGGAUCCUUCCAGAAAUGCCGGAGGAAAGUUCCCCCAGGCGGACCCCACAGAGCGUUCCGUACCAGGACCUCCCUCACCUGGUCAACGCCGACGGACAGUACCUCUUCUGCCGGUACUGGAAACCCUCGGGCACACCCAGGGCCCUGGUCUUUGUGUCCCACGGAGCCGGGGAGCACUGUGGCCGCUACGACGAGCUGGCUCGGAUGCUGGUGGGGCUGGAGCUGCUGGUGUUCGCCCACGACCAUGUUGGCCACGGGCAGAGCGAGGGGGAGAGGAUGGUGGUGUCUGACUUCCAGGUUUUCAUCAGGGACGUGUUGCAGCACGUGGACGUUGUGCAGAAGGACCACCCGGGGCUUCCCAUCUUCCUCCUGGGCCACUCCAUGGGAGGUGCCAUCACCAUCCUCACGGCCGCACAGAGGCCCGGCCACUUCUCUGGCAUGGUUCUGAUCUCCCCGCUGGUUCUUGCCAAUCCCGAGUCUGCCACGACUUUCAAGGUCCUUGCUGUGAAAGUCCUCAACCUUGUCCUGCCGAACGUGUCCCUGGGCCGGAUCGACAGCAGCACGCUCUCACGGAAUAAGACGGAGGUGGACAUCUACGACACGGACCCCCUCAUCUGCCGGGCAGGCCUGAAAGUGUGCUUCGGCAUCCAGCUGCUCAACGCCGUCUCGAGGGUGGAGCGGGCGCUGCCCAAGCUGACCUUGCCCUUCCUGCUGCUGCAGGGCUCUGCCGACCGCCUGUGUGACAGCAGGGGCGCCUACCUGCUCAUGGAGUCCGCCAAGAGCCAGGACAAGACGCUCAAGAUUUACGAAGGUGCCUACCACAUCCUCCACAAAGAGCUUCCUGAAGUGACCAGCUCCGUCUUCCGUGAGAUAAACACGUGGGUCUCUCAAAGGACAGCGGCGGCAGGAACGGGGUCCCCGCCCUGAGUGCCCUGGCCAGCCGUCGGGCCACAGUGGGGGAAGCAGGCAGAGGAAGGGCAGGAGCUGGCUUCUUAGCUGUGGCUUGC